AUGGUUGGUGGAGGCCGAGCAUCAAGGUUGGUGGAGGCCGAGCAGCACGGUUGGUGGAGGCCGAGCAUCAAGGUUGGUGGAGGCCGAGCAGCAAGGUUGGUGGAGGCCGAGCAUCAAGGCUGGUGGAGGCCGAGCAUCAAGGCUGGUGGAGGCCGAGCAUCAAGGCUGGUGGAGGCCGAGCAUCAAGGCUGGUGGAGGCCGAGCAUCAUGGUUGGUGGAGGCCGAGCAUCAAGGCUGGUGGAGGCCGAGCAUCAAGGCUGGUGGAGGCCGAGCAUCAAGGCUGGUGGAGGCCGAGCAUCAUGGUUGGUGGAGGCCGAGCAUCAUGGUUGGUGGAGGCCGAACAGGAAGGUUGGUGGAGGCCGAGCAUCAAGGCUGGUGGAGGCCGAGCAUCAUGGUUGGUGGAGGCCGAACAGGAAGGUUGGUGGAGGCCGAGCAUCAAGGCUGGUGGAGGCCGAGCAUCAUGGUUGGUGGAGGCCGAACAUCAAGGUUGGUGGAGGCCGAGCAUCAAGGCUGGUGGAGGCCGAGCAUCAAGGCUGGUGGAGGCCGAGCAUCAAGGCUGGUGGAGGCCGAGCAUCAAGGCUGGUGGAGGCCGAGCAUCAUGGUUGGUGGAGGCCGAACAGGAAGGUUGGUGGAGGCCGAGCAUCAAGGUUGGUGGAGGCCGAGCAUCAAGGUUGGUGGAGGCCGAGCAUCAAGGUUGGUGGAGGCCGAGCAUCAAGGUUGGUGGAGGCCGAGCAGCAAGGUUGGUGGAGGCCGAGCAGCAAGGUUGGUGGAGGCCGAGCAUCAAGGUUGGUGGAGGCCAAGCAGCAAGGUUGGUGGAGGCCGAGCAUCAAGGCUGGUGGAGGCCGAGCAUCAAGGCUGGUGGAGGCCGAGCAUCAAGGCUGGUGGAGGCCGAGCAUCAAGGCUGGUGGAGGCCGAGCAUCAAGGCUGGUGGAGGCCGAGCAUCAAAUUUAA